CUGGCUCCACUAGGCAAUUGCAAGUACACAGCAUGGUAAGCAGACAACAGCAUUGUACUCGAACCCCUCGCAGACCUUCUGGACGAAGAUCGAUCGGCUUAAGCAUUAAACAUUUGCCACCCCCAGAUCUGUCCAAGUUGAUCCUUUUAAUGGUCGGUUAUGGUAGCCGAAAGUGGGUUACGGAGUAUACUGUUAGACAGUUGAUAAAGGGGAGUUAGAGGGGUGAUGCCUGUGGUUUGAAUCUCUAGAGCAAACAAGUGACCAGUUUGGAACCGCCGGAAUGGGCUAUCGUCGGUGAUUGAUCGUCUAGCUAUUGGGCUACAGAGCAUAGCCCGACGGACACUAAAUGACGAGCUGAUCCCUAUUCAUUCAUAUCCUGGUCACAUCAAUUUAACCCUUUGAGUGUCAUAUGGCCAUCCAGAGGGAUGUUGCGGAUAUAUGUGCCCAAUCAGUAGCAACCCAUAAUUUUAUGGUGCUAUGUGCUCUGUACCUAAAAGCCCUGGCAGUGUCGUACGGACUCGCGACCGGCAGAUUGGCCAUUCAUUUGAAGCCUCAGGCACCAAAUAUGGGUGAUAAACAUGGCCAUUGCUGAUCCGACCAUCGGCGAUCCUUGAGUUACCGCCUUAGGUGUGCCUAAGGGAUCCU